AUGAAGCGGACUCCGAACAAAGACGCAACCCAGCUCUGCGCUGCCGUCGGCGGCACCCCAGUCGAUAACGCCGCAGCCAUCAGCUCCUUCUUCAACGAAGCUGGCGCGGCUGCGCUCCACACUUCAUUUGAAGCGGAUGGUUUGGCUUCUUCGCGCCUUGCUAUCGCUUCGAGUCAGGAUAUAGCCAAUAGUUUGCAGAUAGAAGAUGGAGGUGCCGCCCCGGCUACGACGACGGGAAAUACGGUGAGUGCGACUGUUACGCCAACAGGUACGAGUAUGGCAGGGACUGGGAACUUUGGGGGUCCGUCGUCGGCUAGGACUGGGACAGCGGCUAUCGCUGCGUUUACUGGGGGUGUUGGUGGUAGAGGAGGCGUGCCUGUGGCUGCUUUGGGGCUAUUGGUGUGGUUGUGGCUGGGGGCGUGUUGCUGUGAAUCUUCUUUUAUUAAGCCUCAAGCUUCAGUACCGAGUCUUGCCAGGAUUGCCCAUCGCUCCCAACUCGCACUGUUGACCGUUAGGAAAGAAGCGAAAUCCAUGACCAGAGUAUACAGCAGAACUCCCGCCGAUGCUUUGUUCUACUAUUUGUUCAAUAUUAAAACGCGUAAUCCAUUCAUCAAUCCAAUCAAUCCAAAAUAG